AUGUCGUCUUAUUUCUGUAUGAACUGGGUUUUUCUGAUCCUGUUUGCAGGCCCCACAGUAUCAGAAUUACCUGUGAAUGGAGACGUUGGUCAGAAUGUCACUGUGCCCUGCUCUUACACUGUUAGGGGGACGCAAGACAUCACAUCGAUGUGCUGGGGUCGUGACUCCUGCCCUGCUUCAAAAUGUAACUGGCCCAUUAUCUGGACAGAUGGCUGGAAGGUGACAGAGCGGUACGGCAGCAGGUAUAUGUUGAAAGGGAACCUGCUGAAGGGCGACGUGUCCCUCACCAUCGUGAAUGCUGAGGAAGCAGACAGUGGGAGGUACUGCUGCCGCGUGGAGAUCCCAGGGUGGUUCAAUGAUCAGACAAGUAAUCACUGGGUUGUAAUUAAGAAAGCUAGGAUCUCUACUGCAAGUCCUCACACUUACACCUCUGAACAGACCUCAGCUGCUGGGAGCACCAGCGAAUCAUCCUUUACCAUCGCAAGAACAUGGCCACCGGCUUCUGCUUCGGAAGCUCUUCAGACCGCGUCUGGUCCCUGCUUAGGCGCCUCAGACCGCUUGGAUGUAACCUCAGACCUGCAGAACGUGACUCUCUCACUUUCCAGUCAGCAGUAUUCAGAACAUGGGCUAUACAUUGGGAUUGGUUUAUGUGCAGUACUUCUGGCCAUCCUUAUUUUUGCUCUGUUCCUUACUAAACUGGAGAAACAGGACUUCAGUGGGGCUCACUCAGCACCUCUGGAAAGUAUAAGAUAUAGUUUUCUCUCCUUCCACUCACUGCCCUGGAGUCUCCAUCAGCUAAAAAUGUCCCAUUUUGUGCUGUUUCACUGGAUUAUGAUACAGAUCUUUAUAGCGCACGUCGCAUCCGAAACUGUUGUUAGAGGAGUAAUAGGGCAACCUGUUCAGCUGCCUUGCUCCUACCAGGUGACACGACAAAAGGACAUCUCUGACAUGUGCUGGGGCAGAGGCCCGUGCCCAAAUUCAAAGUGCAGUGACAAAAUUUUGCACACCACUGGGAACAGGGUGACAUACAGAGUAUCUGAGAGAUACAAUCUCUGGGGCUAUAUUUCCUAUGGGGAUGUGUCUCUCACGAUUGAGACAGUGAAAGCAGAAGACGCAGGUAUAUACUGCUGCCGUGUAGAGAUCCCGGGUUGGUUCAAUGACAUCAAAAAGAACAUGCGGCUGGAGGUGGUCAAAGCCCCUCCAGUGAUGACAACUACCACGAGAAAGUCUCCUGUUUCCCCUAAACUUUUCAGAAAAACAACUUUUGCUCCCCAAACAACCUCUGAUCAUCAGACAACAGCAGAGACUGCUGUCCUCCUGACAACCACUGUCCCCCCAGCAACAACUGCAACCACCAACUCUCCAGCAGUAACUACACUGGAGACCAUGGCUCCACCAACAUUUGUUGUGACAGCAAGUGAUACUUUUCCACCAACUAUGGUGACAACCAGUGCUCUCUCAGAUUUUCCAACUAGUUUCCAAGAAGCUGACGUGAGGAAUGAAGAUGACUAUGUGUUCUUGUCAUCAGAGUCUCUGUGUCUUCCUGGAGUGACUACUGAAUUCCCAAGUACGCUUCCAACUGCAGAGGGAACCAAAAGUGCUGAGAUUUCUCUCAUGGUUGAAGAUGUGCCAACUGCAGGGAUUUCAGGAAGUUCAGACAGCAAGGCUGAGAAACAUGAUGAUAAUGGAGAUAAGUUUCCCAGCUAUGUCAUUCUCAUUGCCUGUCUCAUAGCGGUGUCCAUUCUUUUCAUAUUGAUACCCUCAUUGCUGUUUUGGAAACGUAAACACACAAAGAAGUUUAUAAUAAAAAGCCUUGGACCAGAGGAACACCUUGAAAAAGUUUUCAGUGGCGCUGAAGGAGAAAACAGCUUUUUUUCCCUGUGA